UCUGAGGUCUUGAUUUCCACAGGUAUGUGGUGCUGACUUCAAAGCAUCAUGAAGGCUACACUAACUGGGGGUCUCCUGUGUCCUGGAACUGGAAUUCUAUGGAUGUAGGACCCCAUCGAGACCUAGUGGGUGAACUGGGACAAGCUCUUAGAGAAAGGAAUAUACGCUAUGGACUGUACCAUUCACUAUUAGAGUGGUUUAAUCCUCUGUAUUUAGAUGACAAAAAAAAUGGCUUCAAGACACAGAAUUUUGUCUUUUUAAAAACAAUGCCAGAGCUUUAUGAUCUUGUUUUAAGGUAUAAACCAGAUUUGAUUUGGUCAGAUGGUGACUGGGAGGCACCAGACACAUAUUGGAACUCUACCUCUUUCCUUGCCUGGCUUUAUAAUGAUAGUCCUGUCAAGGAUACUGUUGUAGUAAAUGACCGUUGGUGCAAUAACUGCUCCUGCCAUCAUGGAGGAUACUAUAACUGUGCUGAUAAAUACAAGCCAGGCACCCUGCCGCAGCACAAGUGGGAGAUGUGCACAUCUAUUGACAGAAGGUCAUGGGGCUAUCGAAGCAACAUGCAACUCAAUGAGCUCAUGGAUGAAUCAAGUAUUAUUUCAGAGCUAGUGCAGACUGUGAGUUUUGGCGGCAACUAUCUUCUCAAUGUGGGCCCUACAAAAGAGGGAGUGAUUGUUCCAGUCUUCCAAGAAAGGCUUCUUUCCCUUGGAAAAUGGCUGGGUGUUAACGGAGAGGCAAUUUAUGCUUCUAAACCAUGGCGAGUACAGAUGGAGAACAUCACAAACAGUGUAUGGUACACUUCUAAAGGAUCAACUGUCUAUGCCAUCUUUAUAACCUGGCCAGAGGAAAAAGUGUUGAAGCUGUCUUCACCUAUUCCAUCUUCAAGCACACAAGUGACUAUGUUGGGAUUCUCUGAGAUGCUGAAAUGGGAGAAGGCCCCGGAUAAAGGAUUGCUGAUCCCUUUGCCAUUUUUACCCCCAUCUGUUCUCCCAGUGCAGUGUUGCUGGACUCUCAAGCUAGAAGGUGUGGAGUGAUAGUGCCUGUGAAGAAAACCAAGGAACCUAGAGCUUUUUGCUUUGAUUUUAUAUUUUCUGAAGGUGAAGGAAUCUUAAUAAAUUGUUUUUCUUGCCCA